AUGUCAACUUUCGGGACUCGGGCACGCAGGUGCACUAGUGCUAAGAGCUCCGAGCAGUCAUCUUGCAGUUCUGACUCAUCCUCGCACAAACACGUUGCUGCUGUUGAUACCGAUGCCAAGCAUCGAGGAACCAUUCCUGUUAUGAGCAAACUUGACAUGCACAAAUUCGAUCACUAUGGGGAACCUAGCUCGACGCUUCCUAUGAAAAACAAGAAACAGGAGGUCGAACAACGAUCGCACACGUUGCCCGUACAGACCAUUCAGUCAAGACCCUACGUAGAACCUGUACCCCGGACGUGCCAAAUGGCCAUACAAUGUGUUCAGCCGGAGGCUGGCCGACUGUACUAG